AUGAGGCGUCCGGGGGUCAGCCUUCGUGCAGCAACGGCGGAGGGCGUGGCGGGGCGGCUUCAGCACCACGCCCUGCAGCGCCACACACCACACCACGCCCUGCAGCACCACACACCACACCACCACACCACAACACCACAACACCACGCGCCUCAGUGCAUCACUACCACACCACGCCCUGCAACACCACACUACCACACCACCACACACCCUGUAAUACCACACCACUCUACACUACGCUAUACCACACCGUAUCAUUCAGCCACACCACACCACCACACCACACCACACCAUUUCAUUCGAUACCACACCGCACAACACCAUGAUAUCACUCAGCCUUGCCACACCACUCAGCCAAGCCACACUAUACCACAUAACACCACAUAG